CCGCGAAUUUUCUCCUCCUCUACGUCGGGAGCAUAAUUUGAAUAUUGAGUAUUGUGACUUUAAUAUACCUCCAUAGAGGUGACGCCAUCCUUGAGCCAGCGGACAUUGCCGAGUUGCGACUCGGCAGCCUCCGCCCCUAUCUGGCCUGGCCCAGCCCAGCCCGGCCUGGUCCGGUCCGGUCCUGCCCAUCCCGACUGCUGCUCACGCCACACAUCACGGCACACAGCAGCAACACACCAGGACGCAAAGCAGCCAGCUUCCCCCAGCCGCUUCACAGCAGGGAUCCGUGCGCACAAUAUGGGCAACGUGCAGCCCACCGUAGUCCCAUGUGAGGACUUUGACGUUACGGCUGACAUCAAAAACAUUAGAAAAGCAUGUAAAGGUUUAGGCACAGACGAGGAAGCUAUCAUGCAGAUCCUGGCCAAUCGCUCUGCGACUCAGCGUCUGGAGAUCAAACAGGCCUACUUUGAAAAGUAUGACGACCUGGAGGAGGUGCUGAAGAAGGAGCUCACCGGUAGCUUUGAAAACGCCGUCGUGGCCAUGUUGGACGCGCCGCAGGUGUUCUUCGCCAAGGAACUCAGGAAGGCGAUGAAGGGGGCGGGAACGGACGAGGCUGUCCUGGUGGAGAUCCUGUGCACGGCUACAAACGAGGAUAUCAGGAGCUACAAGGAGGCUUAUGUCCAGGUGAACGAGCGUGACCUGGAGGCGGACAUAGAGGGCGAUACCAGCGGAGACGUUAGGAACCUGCUGAUCUCACUGCUGCAGGCGAGCAGAGACGAGGGCUACGAGGUGGAUGAGGAUUUGGCCGAACAGGACGCCUUGUCUCUGUUUGAGGCAGGUGAGGGCAGGUUUGGUACAGACGAGUCGACCUUCACCUACAUCCUGACACACAGGAACUACAUGCAGCUUCAGGCCACCUUUAAGGCCUACGAGUCCCUUUCGGGGACAGACAUUUUGGACACGAUUGAUGCCGAGGCGACAGGAACCCUCAAGGACUGCUAUGUUACUCUUGUGAGGUGUGCUAAGAACCCGCAGCUGUAUUUUGCUCGCCGCCUUAAUGCUGCAAUGAAGGGACUUGGCACUGAUGAAGACACGCUCAUACGCAUCAUCGUAGGCCGCUCUGAGAUUGACCUGGAGACGGUGAAGGACAUGUACCUGGAGAAGUAUGACGUCACCCUGAAAGACGCCCUGGACUCGGAGUGUGGGGGAGACUUUAAGCGUCUGCUCAUUGAGAUCUUGCACUGAAUCACACAUUUACAUUCACGUCCACUCCUCACCCAGCCUUAUUCUGCUGUGAUGUAACAGGAUGCCACUACAUACUCUGUUUUCUAUCACUCUUCACUUUCUACUCUGUCCUUUCUCCGUCUCGGACAGUUCACCUUACAGCACGGACCAAAAAAAUCAACUCGAUGUAAUCCAGUUCAGUGUUUUGAUGUGUGGUAAUUUUUUUUACAGGGUUUGUUAACACUUUUGAGACUUUUCAGAAAAUCGUCUUGGUAAAUCUAUUCAACUUGUAGUCCAGUUACUCAACAACACCACAUAAUAGCGGAACUAACAGCAUCACGUUCAUGCAUCUUAAAAGUUACAGCGAAGUCAUCAUCUGUUAUUUCUCUAUUUCAAGCUGCGAUCGUUAAGCGUCU